CGCUUUUAGUGCACCAACGACCAACGGGUUUCUUCAAUGUUUGCUUGAAUGAUCGCUAACAUUUUGUAUUCGUAUUCAGUAUCUUGAAGUAAGCGGUAGUUCAUUCGGACUCAGUGGUCACGCUUUAUGUUUGGUACAAGAUGAUGGAAAAGCAGUCGGCCGUGGCUAGUUUUUGCGUGUAACAGAAACUGAUUUUCUUUGCAUUUUCCACACUUCGGAACGCGUUACAAGCAUAAAUAAAUAAAUUGGUCGUCCGUUCGGUGGAUGCACGUAUACAUAUAUGUAUAUUUGUUUUAUGCGCUUAUAAAUAUACUCGUAUGUAUAAAAUAAUGCAUAAUAUAAAAUGUUGAACCUUUUAUAAUUAACAUUUGUUAAUGUGGUUGGUGGUAUUAAAGUGGUGCUACUGAUUUAUGCUCACAAUUGUGGAACGUGCUUUCAUUCUCCUGCAGUUACAAGAUUCUGCCCAAUUAAAAUGAAGAAGUUUAUAGAGGCUAUUACUGCGAAAAUCAUCGAGCCGAAUCGCUUCAUACGUACAAUACUUACUGUUAUCAAAAGUAGUGAAUUUGAAUAAUGCUUUGGCUAAUUUAAGAAAAUUUUAAUCCCAUUUUGCAAUUUUAAAAGCGUCCAUAAUAAUGAAAAGCAGCUACUUCUCUACAAUCAGUGCCAGAAAAGGCAUUUUCAGUAGAAUGACCACCAGCUUCACCUCUUACCGCCGCAGCAAAGUUAAAAGUAAAUCAAACAACGACAUUUCCUCUGUUGUGGCUGAGGUGAAUGGUGUUAGUGGUGAUCUACAUAACUUACCACAACACCUGUCUGAUGAUGAUUUCUCAGAUUUAGCUGAAAAUAUGGAUAUAAAUGUGGGAAAAGAUAAAAAGCUCUCCAAUGAAGACGUUGCUGUUGUACGUAAAGAACAUAACAACCGACGCAGUGUUGUAAGUGCAAACACACAAAUGGACAACGAUGUCACACCGGUCUACUUGGCCGCACAAGAAGGGCACUUGGAAGUGCUAAAGUUUUUAGUGCUUGAAGCAGGCGGUUCACUCUAUGUACGUGCACGCGACGGUAUGGCACCGAUACAUGCUGCUUCUCAAAUGGGAUGCUUAGACUGUCUUAAGUGGAUGGUACAAGAUCAAGGAGUUGACCCCAAUUUACGUGACGGGGAUGGCGCUACACCACUACAUUUCGCGGCUUCAAGAGGCCAUCUUUCUGUAGUGCGGUGGUUACUUAAGCAUGGGGCGAAACUGUCCUUGGACAAGUAUGGUAAAUCACCAAUCAACGAUGCUGCAGAGAAUCAACAAGUAGAGUGCCUUAACGUGCUCGUUCAGCACGGCAGCACAAUAGAGUAUAGUUGCCGUGACAAGAACCCCACGCAACGGCAAAAAACUGGUUCAUUGUCCAAUAAGCAUGUACAAGAACCGCAAAUUUGCACCGGCAACUGCACCAACAACUGCUCACUUGGAAGUUGUAACUCGAAUAGCAGUAAACCAACAAGUUGCAGUAACACCAUCAAAUCGAAGACAUCGUCGACUUUAAGCUCAGAUAUUGAACCAUUCUAUUUGCAUCCACCCUCCAGCACAAUGGGUCUCAAGCGUGUUGACGCUAUAUAUGCACAUUCUCAACAGUCACGUUCAUCUAAUGAAAAAUUAUACAACGGACAAAUAGUGCCAAAUGAUGGUUUGUAUAUUAACCCAAUGCGAAAUAAUUUGUUUACUCCUCCAUCUCCGAAUGGUAGCGUUUCUGGGGAAUCAUUCUUCCUUCAUGAUCCACAAGAACUAAUUUACAAUCGAGUCCGAGAAUUGUUUGACUCUGACUGUAGUAGUAUUUCGCACUCUCAGCUGAAAAUAAAUCGACAUAAAUCUUAUAGUCAAAAGAAAAAUGACAAAGCUAAUACGAUAAAUAAUGCGGUUAUCGUGCAAGCAGAUGUCCAUUCCAGUUCGAGUGGCGCUGGUAGCGGAUCAGAUGAAUCUAUUUCCGUUUCUGUCCAAUCAAGUAGAAAUUUAUGCAAAGCGAACAAUCUGCGGAGCCAAAGCUUCAAUAUUCACCCUAAAUGUAACAAUGGAGUUGAUAGUCGCGAUCAUAUCAUCAGCGCCAGUACUGGUACAAAAACCACCACUAAUAAUAAUAGGAAAAUUAAUGAAAAUGUAACGUCCGAACUGAAUUAUAAUAAAAAUAAUAUUUGCAUUGCCAACAAUAUCAAAGACGAUAAUCAAAGUCAAAGUUCUAAGCAAGCAGAAAUAAACUAUUUAAACAGUGACAAGGUAAAACAAGAAAGUUCGCACGACCAUGACUACGAGGAUAUAUAUUUAGUGCGUGAAGAGGCUCGGAAAAAUAAACAUAAAUUCGGUUCUGGACGAUCGCGAUCCCGUGACAGUGGAUCACAUUCACGCUCAGCUAGCACUUCCUCAACUCGUAGCACAGACGUUGUACUUCAAUACAGCAAUCACAAUAUGAACAAUAAGUAUAAAGGUGAAUUCCUUAAUCGUAAUAAAUCGCAAUCGACUAUAGGGUUAUAUAGCAAAUACAAAUACGAACUCACCCACAAAGAAAGUUAUGCUGCUAAAAAUGUGAAUCUAAUGAACCAAAUCAACACAAAUAACGGUAGCAAUAGCAAUUGUGGCAUAAAGAGCGAUACAUACGAAAGUGUGUGUCCAAUAGAGGAUAUUGCAGAGCGCACUAAACAAUCACACAAGAACUCGAUUAUUCGUAAUAAUCUCGAUACUGUUAACAGUGGGAGCUCCACCAACUUACUCGUACAUCAGCCAAUGUGCAAUAAUGACGGAAGCACAUACGAUCGCCACUUGAAACGAGUUUUAUCUGCUCCGCCAAUGCAAAGCAUAGCAAUAGCAAAUGGGCCACCACCUCCUCCACUGCCUCCGCCGAUGAAUGCCGCCUAUCACAAAAGCGAACAGAUAGCUGCAGUGGAACCAUUGAACUUAUUCAUGAGUAGCUCGAAUCCCAACCUAGAGAAUAUAGAUUCGGAUUCGGGUCUUGAAGUCGUUGAGGAACCAAGUCUUCGGCCUUCGGAGUUAAUUCGAAGUAAGCAUAACCGAACGAUGUCAACAAUAUCUGCAAAUAAGAAAGCUAAACUUCUUAAUGCCGAUAGUAGCGGAAAUAUACAACAGACAACUCCCAUUUCAACCAUUAGUUCUAAUCCACAAAAUGAACAAAUCAACAACUAUCACAACAAAAAUAUUGCAUGCAGCAGCUAUCACACUAUUCAUCCAAAUGAGAGAACUCAAUCACAGAAUCACAACUUACACCACUUAGAUGUACAGCAGCAAUCGCAAGCUUAUAGCUCCACAACCGAAGGCCAUUACGAACUACAAACACAAUAUGGCUACAAUAAUUUAAAUAACAAUACAGUCGGUGCUAGCCACAGCACUCGGCCAGGAGGGCCGAAUUUAGUUAACAAACAACUAGUGCUGCCUUUUGUGCCUCCCAGUUUUCCAAACAAAUCACAGGAUGGUGUUACACAUCUCAUAAAACCAUCUGAAUAUCUAAAAAGUAUAAGUGAUAAACGAUCCUGUCCAUCGUCCAGCAGGUCCACAGACAGUGAGGAUUAUAUGCAAAUCCAGGUUGCUAAUCAACUUGGGAUAAGUUGCGAGCCUCCGAAGCCACCACCACCACCGCCACUCCCCAUUCAUCCUCUGAUGCAACAAAAUGAAAAACAGAGCAAUGCAAGAACCGUAAAUACACAGCAUAUAUCCAUAGUAAAUCAAGAUACUGCCACACGAAAACAACAUCAGCCUCUCUCCGCCAUAUCCAUUCAGGAUCUGAAUAGUGUUCAGCUUCGCCGUACUGAUACUCAGAAAAUGCCAAAACCUUUUCAAAUGCCAGCUCGCAGUUUGAGUAUGCAGUGUCUGACCACUUCCACAGAAGCUUAUCUUAAAACUGACUUAAUUGCUGAAUUGAAAAUAUCAAAAGAUAUUCCAGGUAUUAAAAAAAUGAAGGUGGAAAAGCAGUUGGCCGGUCAAUUCGACUCUGAACAUUACUCAGAAAUUACUAAACAAUUUUCGGCAAAUAAUUAUAUGGAUCAGCUUUAUUUGCAGAUUCCAGAAAAAGACCAGGCGGGUAAUGUCAUUCCCGAAUGGAAGCGGCAAAUGAUGGCGAAAAAAGCCGCUGAACGCGCAAAAAAAGAAUUCGAAGAUCGAAUGGCGAAAGAAGCUGAAAAUAGGCGGCUCUCACAAAUUCCUCAGUGGAAACGUGAUCUGUUGGCGAGAAGAGAGGAAACUGAAAAUAAAUUAAAGGCUUCAAUUUACACGCCUAAAGUGGAGGAGAAUAAUCGUGUUGCUGAGACAUGGCACCUUAAGAACAGAGCUGUUUCCAUUGACAACAUUAACUUAGUAUCCCCAAUAGUCGAUGCCCAGGCGCUUCCAACUGGAACUUUUGACAACAGCAAUAAGGAAAAUAAAGAUCAAAAUGAUCAAAGCACAUUUAGUAACAUGCACAUGGCCGGCGAUAAUAUCAAUCAGAACCUUCUUUCUAAUGAUAAAGAAUGCAACAAAGGUGAAGACGCCGAUAAUAUAAUUCCAUGGCGAGCUCAGUUACGGAAAACAAAUAGCAGAUUAAGCUUAAUUUGAAUGUGUAUAUAUAUUUACUAUAUAUGCAUAUAUGUGUGCGUGUGUUAUCAAGAUUUUAAUUAA